AUGGACAAGGAUAGCAAAGUCGUGAUCAUCGGCGCCGGCGUAUUUGGUUUGUCAACGGCUGUACAACUUGCCAUUGAGGGAUUCAAGAAUGUUGUGGUGGUUGACAGGCAUAUGCCACCUGUUCCAGACGGAUCGAGCUGCGACAUCUCUCGCGUCAUACGGUUCGAUUACGCCGAUGAAGACUAUUUGAAUGUUUCACACGAGGCCUACCUCAAAUGGAGCAAAGAUCCAAAGUUCAAAGACAUCUUUCAUCCCUCGUCAUACAUACUGACGGGUAGCAUGACCGGCGGAGAUGAAUCUUGGAUCGACAGGACGACCAGGCAACUGAGCAACAAGGGCUUGGCGUGGACCAAGCUUGAUGAUGCUGCAACCGCGAAGAGAGCAUUUCCAAUUCUUUCCGGCAAGCUUGCUGAGCCAGGAUUCAAGGGCUACUACAACGACGCAGCAGGAUGGGCAGACGCCACAAAGGCAAUCAUCCAGCUUCGAGAUGAGUGUCUUGAACUAGGCGUUUCAUUCAUCUCGGGCCCAGCUGGAACCGUCGUUGGUUUUGAUACGGACUCAGCGAACAAGAUUCGAUCAGUCCAGACACUCGGAAGCAUGUCAAUCCAAGGCGAUCACUUUGUCUUAGCCGCGGGCGCUUGGUCGUCUAACCUAGUUCCGAUGUAUAACUCAACACUGGCGACAGCGCAGGUGAUAGCGUACACUCCUCUUUCCGACACGGAAGUGCAAAGGUAUAAGAAGUUGCCUAUCUAUGCGAAUUUCAACACCGGCUGGUUCAACUUUCCUCCACACGCAGAUACAAAAACUCUGAAGAUGGCGGUGCACGGAUGGGGUUACACUCGUACUCCUAGCAAGGGGGAAGCGUUAAUCGAGGCAAACAUCUCUACACCCCGGGUGUAUCCAAGUCGCGAGCGCCCCAACUUCUGUCCUUCCGAGGGAGAAGAAAGGCUCCGAAACGGACUUCGCGAGAUACUGCCGGAACUUGCCGAUCGCCCUUUUGAAAAGGUGACCAUGUGCUGGUACACCGACACUCCAUCAGGGGACUUUAUCAUGGACUAUCACCCUGACUACCAAAAUCUGUUUGUGGGAGGAGCAGGAAGUGGACAGUAA